CCCCUUGUCCCUCCUUUCUUCCAUUUUCCCGCCCAGGGUUUCGCCCUUAAAAGGACAAUGGAGAAGCGGGAAGAAAAUCGUCACGGGCGCCAUGCAAAUGAGAUUGAUUGAAGAGAAUAAGAGCGUGGGAACGGCGCAUGCGCAGUAGAGAAGACAUCCUGAAGGUGGCCUGGCAUUGCUGGACAGGGACUUAGGGGCCACAGAGUUUAAGGUUUAUUUUCCAUUCUCGAGAGAAAAUGAUUGGGUUUUACAAGCCGAAGACGUACCGGAGUACGAGGGGCUGCUGUAUCUGUAAAGCAAAGUCGUCCAGCUCGCGAUUCACAGACAGCAAGCGCUACGAAGGCGAUUUCCAGAGCUGCUUUGGGUUGCACGAAAGCCGCACCGGAGACAUCUGCAACGCUUGUGUCCUCCUAGUGAAACGUUGGAAGAAACUUCCCUCCGGCUCCAAAAAGAACUGGAAUCACGUGGUCGAUGCCCGCGGGGGGCCGAAUGUUAAAGCCAUGAAAGUUCGUCCCAAAAAGAUCAGUUCUCUGGCGGCGCGGAGACUGCGGAAUGAAAAGGUGCAGAUGAAGAAGAGACUCGCGAGUCACUAUUCUGGGGCUCACAGCACCACGUCCAGCGCCUCCCCGGCGCACUCCUCUUCCUGCAGCACCCACUCGGACACGGACACCGACACGGAGCUGAGGACCGCGCCGAGCCGCGACUCCAUCUUCUCCUUCCUGGACCCGACAUACUGGAAAAGGCAGAGAGUUUGCUGCGGGAUUAUUUACAAAGGCCGUUUCGGUGAAAUUCUCAUCGACGCUCAGCUCUUCAAGCCGUGCUGCAGCAAAAAGAAGCCAGAGCCGGAGACCCCGGACACCCUCGUGCCGCAGAUGAUGAUCCCGGCGUGUGCGGACACCUAAACGGCACGCCGAACAUCGGGAUUUGCUCUUCUACCAAAGGACU